CGUUGCUGGAUAUUUGUCUGACAGAGGCGGAAUAUUCAACUCUAAUCAUGAGCAGGAACUUCUUGUCUAAAAAUGAUGAGCUCCGUAAGGGAGACUACCUGAUGUCCAACAACGGGGAGUGGAAGGCUGUUUUCCAGGAGGAUGGUAACUUUGUCAUCUAUGGCUGGAAGUCUGUGUGGGCGUCAGACACUAAAGGAGCAGAUGUUAUGCGCCUUUGCAUGCAGGCUGACUGCAACCUGGUCAUGUACAACAACUGUGACGAACCCAAGUGGCACACCAACUCCGCCAAAUCUGACUGCAACAUGUGCCGUCUUCACCUGACCAACGACGGCAAACUGGUGUUGAACAGAGAAUGUGUAGAAAUUUGGAGCUCUGCUAAAUCCAAUGGCAUGAAGUGAUUACAUGUAUGUGAAAGUCCUGUUUGGACUUCAGCUUAAGUUACCCAUAACCAUGCCUGCUGUGCAAUCUGGGAUCAAAUAAAAGUUUUUUUUAAAGCA